AUAGCGAUAGCUGUAGUGCUGUCGUUGUUAUCACUUCGCGACACGAAGAUCUAUCGUCAACACGCCAGCACUUGUUUUCGAAAAUAAGAAGUUAGAGCAAAUUGAUUAAGGUCUGCACCAUCGUUGCUGAUCGUCAACGUCUGUCAAAUCCUGUAUAAAACAAAGAGCGAAAGAAGAUGGUGCGGGUCUUGCUAUCGAACUCGAGGAGGUUCCGUGCCUUGCAGCUCCACCUCUCACGACGACUACCUUUUCGUCCCUUCGCCUCCGCAGCGACAACCCGACGUCGUCCUUACUACUACAACCAGUCUAGCUCUUCGCCUCGCGGCACUGAUGGAGCUUCAUCAACAUCCACCGAACACUACCAGUCUCGGUCCUACUACCGCAGAGGCGGGAACAGUUACGGCUAUUACGGCAACAAAUCCUCAUCUUCCUCCCGACCUACCUCCGCGGCCAACAAAGCGGCUAAAAAGUACAACCAAAACGCAUCCGAUUUUGGGUUGGACAUCCUGUCCCCAGACCCGUCCGUGACGCAGGUGGACUUGGCGAGGCCGAGCGGGGUGGCGCGGCAGCUGAUCAACUAUUGGAAGCGCAGAGCGCUGGCAGAGCAAGAGGAGGGGUGUAAGACGCGGGCAAGCAGAAAUUUACCGGAAAUCGAGACGGAAGAGGUGAAGCAACGGGUGAUCAGCUUUUCUUCCACUACCGCGGCGACUGCAGCGGCUUCCUCAUCUGGUGGUGCAGUAGAGGAUGCCGGUCGCGCACCAGGAAACGAUACUUCGAGCCAACCGCUUCAGUGGCUAAUCCGUGAGCCAUGUGUGAUUCACGAACAGAAUCGGAAAUUGGAAGGUAGUGCGGAAGGAAGUGGCAACGAGAAUAUUUUCGUCAUUCAAGACGCGGGGAACGAGGUUGAGAUCAAGAUUCCACCAGCCGGCACUACAGGUUGUAACCACGACAGUGAUAGUGGCGGGAACAUCAACCCGGAAAAGAUGACAAAGUCGUCCGAGACGACUACAUCCCUUUCCAUGGAGUGGCCGUUCCCGCAAAUUUACGAGUGCCAGCAGCAGCUUUCCCUCGCCUCAGUGAAGGCGAUUCUGAACAAACAGCACGCGUUCAUCGAGACGCCCUCCGGCACGGGAAAGACCGCUGCGCUGCUCUGCUCCGCGCUCGCCGCGCAGCGGCACCUGGCGAUGAAGUACGGCGCGGCGCCGCAGAUCGUGUAUGGGACCCGGACGCACGCGCAAAUCCGACAGAUCGUCGACACUUUGAAGCAAACCCCGUAUCGCAACGUCGCCGUCCAGUGCGUGGGGGCGAGGACGAACGCGAAAUUGUGCGCAAACCCGAAGAUUCGUUCGCAAGCCGGGGCGGUGCUUGAGUGUCGCGAUGCGGUGCGGAAUUACUGGCAAAACGGCUUAAAGGCGGAGGAACGGAAAAAUUUGGCCGAUGAAUUCAAACAAGUUUUGAAAACCGCAUCCAGUUCUUGCAGUGGCGGGGGGGAAAAUUUUUCUUCCUGUGGUAGAGCAGCUGGUGCCAUACCAAAAACGACAACAGCAGAAGAUCAUCAACAGCAAUCCACGAUCGACAGCCGGUACAUGUGCUCCCGCUUGCACAACAUGCUGGACCCGCAAUUCGUCCCAAAAGCCUACGAUGAGCUGAGAAAUCAAGGUCCCCUGAAUCUCGAGGAAGUCGGGGAGAAAAUCCAGAAUCUCGGUGGUUGUCCGUACUUUCUCUCCAGAGCAAGUUUGUACGAUGCGGACAUUGUGAUCCUUCCCUACGCGUACAUCAUGGACCCGCAGGUCCGGGACGCGACGUUUCCGCUGGAUGCCAGAGAAUUCCUGAAAGACAAGAUUUUGAUCCUCGACGAGGCGCACAACGUGGACGGGUACUGCCGCGAAGCGUGCAGUUUCGACUGCAGCUUGGACAAACUGGAGGAGUUCGAGGAGGCUUUGCGCUCGAUCAGAACCGGAACAAAGUACGACACGGAGGAUUUGAGGAAGGCAAGUAGUGCUGUAGCAAGUGCAGUAGGUGGAAAUGAUGGUGAAAAUCAAAAUGGAAAUUGUGCAGCUGGAGUGGCCUCAUCUACAACUUCUUCUUACGACCAGAAUCUUGUCCAGGAACUACUGAGCUCCGACGAGCAGGGUGACGUGCGGGACUGGGGAUUCGCGACCUGUUACAUGCGCGCGGUGUUGCUGAGACUGGCCGACUGCAUGCAGAAAUGGGCACUGGAGGCACAAGCGUUGCAAAUGCAGAGUGGAGCGGCGGUGGGGACAAGAAGCUACGGAUCAUCUUCCGGUGCUGGUGCACCAGGGAAAAAAACGUCCUCUCCUUUCGCCGACGGUUUGAGUGUCGGUCAGGCCGGGACGAGACGGGAGCUGCGAAGUUGGGCGGUGUAUAACGACGAUGACAGUCAGAAUCAGUACCAAGCAUCAAAGCGGUUUGGUAAAAGUAAAAAAUCUGAGUCCGGUGGUACCGACCCCCGUCUCGCGAAGCCGAUGAGUUCGUUCUUGCAAGAACUCGCAACGGCUCUGUACAACGACGACGCGAAACUGCUGCCACAGUUCAUUGACAAGCAGCUGAUACCCAUGCUCACCUACGGGAUCGCGGGGAGGGUUCGGGAACUGCAACGCGAACAGCGCAGCUCGACGCAAAAUCAAACGUUUUUUGACGAGUUGGAGGAAGCAAGACUGACGCACACGGUGCGGGAACUGCAGGAUUUGUUCUCGCGAUUGAAAUUCGUGUUUGAAAACUCUGACGAUUUUUCGGUUGGCGUGUCGGUGAACCGGAAGCAAGACGCGGGUAUUGACGGGAUCGGCAGCGGUGCAGCAGCAGGCGCGAAUGUCCACUUAGACUUCCACCUCUUGAAUGCGACGAAAGUUUUGGACUCCACUUUCGAGCCGACGCACAGUGUGUUGCUCAGCAGCGGCACACUCUGUACCGAACUAGGAAACGACUUUUCGCAGCGCCAGGUGCAGGGGAGCUAUCUUCCUGCGGAGAAAAGUAGCGAUGCAGUUGUAAAAAGCACGACGAACCGCAAAUCUCUUAAAUCGGCCCCAGCUACGGUUCCCUUAAGUCCGCUCCGCACAAAUCACGUGAUCACGAAGGAACAAUUGUUGGUGCAGAAAGUGCCCUGUCUCAUCGAUGGAAGCCGUUUCACCACCGAUUUUCAAGCGAUGCGGAAAAAUAACGACAGCAGUACUAAAAAAGCUAGCGAUCAGGUAGCACGAUCCAGCACUCAAUCCCUUUUCAGCAACUGGAACCAGGACACCUUGAUCGCUUUGGGUAAUUCGGUGCUGCAACUCGCGGCCAAAAUCCCGGGCGGCGUUCUGGUCUUCUUCCCGAGCUACAAGAUGCUGAAAGAGUGCAGUUCCUGUUGGAAGCGGCACGAGAUUUGGGAGGAGAUAGAGAAAGCAAAGAGCUGUAAAAUCCUGAAAGAAACGGAAAAAGUAGAUAUUGACAAACUCCGGGAUGAACACAACAAAGCCGUCGACGAGAACGGUAGCUCCCUGCUGUUCGGCGUGAUGCGGGGGAAGUGCAGUGAAGGAAUUUCCUACAACGAUAGCUACGCGCGGGGGGUGAUCUUACUCGGGAUCCCCUACCCAACGGUGAACGCGGCGGACGUUUUCCACAAACGGGCGUACAACACGUUCCAGAGUAGUAAUAGCAAGAAAACAAACAAGUUAGCUACAACAGCCACGUACGACAACAUGAACGCGCUCUCGCAAGAACUGCUGGACGGCAACGCGUGGUACCGGCAGGAAGCGUUCACGGCGGUCAACCAAGCUUUGGGCAGGUGUAUUCGGCAUCAGGAGGACUAUGGAGCGGUGUUUUUGUUGGAUGCGAGGUGGGAGCUUCACGAGCAGGAAUUGCCAGCCUGGGUGAAGGAGCUGGAGUGUGUCAGAAGGUAUGACGGGAACUGGAAAAAAAUGCUGGCGAAUGUGGGGAAGUUUUUCGCGGGGAAGCAGUAAAAUCAAAGCAGCUGCGAAAGGGUUUUUGGAGCUUGAUCCGUCUUCAUCAUGAAAGUGUUAUUUUUACGGAGCCGUUGCCGCAGUAUGCGCCGCUUUGAACUCGGGCUGCGGUAGCCAAUACUUCCAAGAAUGAAACAGCAAGACGCGAAGGAUAGCAAAGCCAAGGCUCAGUUUCUGUUUUUAAAGUCGUGCUCUGCGGAUAUGGACAGCAGCAGCGCGAGACGACAUCUAUCCUCAAGCUGCGCCUUCACGUUUUCAAAUUUCCUGCUUCAAGGGCGAUUUCUUGACUUUGCGGGCCGCCAUCGCAGCCGGCGCCUAUUAUUUCAGCAUCCCUGAAGGAACUACAGCUUUUCAUUUUGGCCGUACUGGUUUCAUUUCUGUAGUUUGCGGUAAACAAUACAACCAUGCUUUUUCACUUAAUCUGUCCAUUUUUGUUUUGCGAAACGUAAGUACUUAGAAGAUUUUUGAUUUCUCACGUAUCAUCAGAUUCUCAUCAUAACUACGAGAAGUGCCAAUGGAAUGAGAAAAGAAGCAUGCGAAUCAAGAAGGUGGUGCUUCCGCAGUUGGCAACAUCGAAUGGCAGCGGUUUUGUUUCGACCAUAGGUGGAGAGCCGUCGUGACACAGCAAGACUCAACCAUCAAACAGCACGAAUAUCUGUCGUUCUAGUGGGAUUUUCGUAUUGGAAAUGUGGGCGUCAUCUACACCAGAGUCAGAUAAUAUACACAGGCUGGCUUUCAUUCUUCCCUUGCUCCAUCAACUCAUUUUUUUUUUCUACAACGAACAGGAGCAGCUAGUUGAUUGUAAA